AUGGUGCGAUUGUUCUACCAAGUCUUUACAGCGCUAGCACUAGUCUCAGGCACCUCUGCAAAGGUUAAAUGUAUAUCAACAGACGACUACUUUGGUGGUCCACAUGGUAAAGAGUUCGCUGAUGUCGUGGAUCGGAGCACCAAUGUUACCGGCAUCUUUCUUAAUUCGGCAGAACGACUUGAUGCCAUUGGCAUCAUCAUCGAUGGUUAUGAAUCGGUACUCCAUGGUGGUUAUGGUGGAGAGAGGCAGUCAGUUAACCUUCAUGACUCGAGAAAAAUUGUUGCGAUGGAAGUCCACAGGGCUAAGCAUGAUGACCACACAAGAAUCGUCUACGUCGAGUUUACCGUCAGUGACGGACCAAACAUCAAGGGUGGCACGUAUAGCAAAGAUCGUGACCUGGAAGACAUUAAGACAUUUAUUCCUGAAGAUGGGGCUCAUUUGAUUGGGUUCGUCGGAAGAGCAGGUGAUGAGAUCGAUGCUUUGGGUGGCCAGUGGCUACAUCCCAAAUGUGUGAAAGGACUAAAGAAACACUCCGGCAACGUUGACGAUGAAUCUGAAGAGGAAGAUGACAGUAUCGUCAUUGACGUAAACGACGACGACGACGAAAACUUUUCAAUGGAUCAGGGUCUUAAGAAAAAAUUCAGCGUCAAAGGCAAAGACAACGAUGACAACGAUGACAAUAACAACAUUGACGACAACUUAUUCAUGGACCCAGAUGUCAAGGAAAAAUUCAGCGUCAAAGGCAAAGACAACGAUGACAACGAUGACAACGAUGACAACGAUGACAACGAUGACAACGAUGACAACAACGACAUUGACGACAACUUAUUCAUGGAUAAGGAUGUUAAGAAAAAAAUCAGCGUCAAAAGCAAAGACAACGAUGACAACAACGACAUUGACGACAACUUAUUCAUGGAUAAGGAUGUUAAGAAAAAAAUCAGCGUCAAAAGCAAAGACAACGAUGACAACAACGACAUUGACGACAACUUAUUCAUGGAUAAGGAUGUUAAGAAAAAAAUCAGCGUCAAAAGCAAAGACAACGAUGACAACAACGCCAUCGACGACAACUUUCUCAUGGACCAGGGUGAUUUAAAAAAAGUCAACGCCAAAGGCAAGGGCAAAGCCAACUCCGACAUCUUUGACGACUCGGCUGACAAAUCCGACAAGUCCGACAAGCUUGACGACGUCAGCGAUGACGUCAAAAAUGAAAAUUUUUAG